AUGGCUCACCUUGAUACUUCGGUCAGGCCAUCCAGCUCAAGAAUUUUAGACAAGGCUCUUUGGAAGCUGAUUUGGGGCUCUCAGAUGGUCCCAAAGUUAAUGAAUUUUUGGUGGAGAUUGGUCAAGGGCUGCCUGCCAACAAGGGAUGCUUUGUUCAGGAGACACCUUGGCACCUCCCCGUUAUGCCUUAUCUAUGGGGAGUUUUCGAAGUCUGUUGAGCAUCUUUUUCUCCUCUGUAAUUGGGUCCAGCCUGUAUGGUUUGGGGGUCCUUUGAACUACAGGAUAAACAGUUGUUGGAGUAUCUGGAAAAGCCGUUGCUCUGCUGUUUUUGAUGAUAUUAGUGUGUGCCCUCGCAGUACUUUGCUGGUGGCAAAAAAGUUGAUAAAUGAUUUCAAUCUUGUGUGGUGUCCUCCUGGGGAUGCGAUUUUGGAGGAGGAUAUUAAUGAUGGCCAUAGGGUGGUUAGAUGGUCCCCCCCUCCCACUUCUGUUUACAAAAUAAAUAUUGAUGCUUCUUGGGUUAGUUGUACUCUGCAAGCUGGUCUGGGAGUUGUCGUGAGAAAUUCGGCUGGCAUCUUUAUGGGUGGUUGCUGCGUUACUAGACUUGCUUCUUCGGCAAUUGAGGCUGAAGCCCAUGCUACUUUAAAGGGGAUCAAGCUGGCUGUUGAAAGGGGGUUUCCAAAUGUGGUCUUUGAAUCUGACUCAAAUGAGCUCGUUCAAUCAGUUAAAGGAAAUAUUUUGAAAGGGAGGUCCCUCGAGGGGCAAACCGAGCAGCAGAUGUUGCAGCUCAGCGAGCUAGAAGGAGGAUGUGCGAUGAAGUUUGGGCUUCCAGCCCCCCAUCCUCUUUGGUUUAUGUGUUGCAAGCUGACGUACUUCCUUGCCCCCCGCAGUGCUAGGGAGUGUGCUAGAGGCGGACGGGCUCCCCUUUUGGAGGCGUCAUAG